CCCAAUAGGCUGGUUUUGCUUCCAAUAAGGAUUAAUUAUAUCUUGGAAUUGGGACAGCAUUAUAAUGUCAUCAUGGGUACAAAGUGAUCCGAAAAUUUGAUUUGGGGAACUCUAUUUAUUUUAAAAGGUGUUUUAGCUUCAGUGUAUUGUACUGUCAAUAAAAAUUUGAAGAUUUUAUUUUUGGGGGGAUUUCUAUGCUGUUCAUAUGGUUUACAAUAUACCACCCUCUGGGUUUCUUACCAGUGAGAGGUUGGUUAUAGGUUUAGCUGAUCUUUUCAAUUAAAGCGGCAAAAAUACUAAAUAGUGAUCAUUCUUGUAUUCAUUUUUACACACAUAUUUGUACAGUAUAUGUAUAUAUAUAGUAUAUAGUCUGUGUGGCUUUUUAAUAUUGGCAAUGUAAUAUCUACUAGUUUAUCCACAUUGUCUGGCAGCCAAAUAGAAGCUGGGUUAGAACUGUAUUUUGUUGUCUGUAAUGGUACAAACCCUUGGCUGGGAAAAAAGAAAUAACUAUUACUUCAAACUUGGCCUAAACAAGGCAGAAGAUAAAUUAUUAGUGAAUAUGGUUCUUUUAGCCGAAGAACGAUUCAGGACUCUACACCUUUUUUUGUUGUUGCUACAAACAAAUUUUCACUUCUACUGUACACAAAUCUUAAUGAUUUAUUUUUAUGGUUAGUGGAACAGAAAGUACCUGUAUGUAUUAACUGAUAGCUUAAGUUGGAAUACGUUGGAAAAUAGAGUCAAUGUGAGCCUGUUAUUGACAAUACAGAUGUUUAGAUCACAUUACAGGUAGCUAAUAUACAGUACAGCAGAUAUUAUACAAUGGAAAUGUGAAUAUUGCCUUUUAUGGGUUUUUUUAUUUCAUAACCACUGAUAUCUUUUCUCUUGUCAUUUCAGAAUCAUUUGGCAAAUAAUUCAAACAAUUUACAACUACAUAUAUGACAAAAUCUUUAGAUUCGCUUAUUUUAUCAGUUCAAAGCGCAUCCAACAUGAAACAGAUCAGUACUUUUUUGAAAAAGCGGAUAUUGAAAAACAGGAUGAAAAGCUUGAUGAACCGGAUUUCCCUAAACUCGGCAAAUGUUGCUCAAUACUUCUUAUUAUUGCACUUGCUUUCCUUAUGGCAGUGAGUAAUACGGACAACAUCAUUUAUAAAUCUGUCCGUCCCUACAUAGAAGAGGAAUUCGAAAUAACGGACUUUUAUUCGUCAGUUAUAACUCUAAUGUUUGUUGGCAGCUGUGCAACCAUGGCCCCGAUAUUAUUUUAUUUCUGGAGUACCUUCACCGGACUAAGAGUAAUAUCAGGAAUUGUCGCCGUAAUGGUCAUGUUCGGCAUUGGCAGUACUUUAGUUUCAGAGAAGUCAUUCUGGACGUUUGUGUUACUUCGAAGUCUCAUGGAAUCCGUAAAAAGCCAUUAUUUAGCUGCUGCUCCAAUGCUGGUAGCAGAACUUUUUGAUACUGACCAACGACGUAAAAUGCUGACCUUACUUUACAUUCUCAACACUAUUGGAACUUUUGCGGGGACCUUUAUUGGAACGUAUGUAGCCAGCGUAAUAGGAACCGACUGGCGUAUGGCACUGCGGAUUGCACCUGUACUUGAUGUGGUGGCUCUUGUGCUUCUAGCAGCAGUGAUGAGAAAGCCAGGUCGAGGUGGUUUUAUGUUGAAGGCUGAAAUAUAUCAGAAGAGAACUAAAGUUUACUCUGAUAUUUUUGAUCUGAUUUUAAACCGCUGUUUGGUCUUUGCUGUUUUGGGUUAUGCAGCUAGUAUGUUCAUUACUAAUAGCAUGUAUACAUAUGCUCCGAAUGUACUGAGAAAUGCUCGCAUGAUGUCAAAUAAUCACCAGCCUUGUCUGACAGUUGACUGCACCUUCGAUGACAGAUUGAUCUACGGAUUGUGCAAAUGUCUUGCUACUGCAAUCGGCAUUAUUCUCGGCGUGAAGAUCAAUGCACAUUAUAAAAAGCGGAAUCCACAUGGAGAGCCAGUUGUGUGUAUCGUAGCACUUCUGGUCUCUGUCCCACUUAUGUGCUUUGGAUUAUUUUUUGUAGGAAUUAGUUCUGUCGUAUCCCAAAUUCUCUUCUUCCUAAAUGGGAUUUGUUUGGCUAUGAACAAGGUCCUUAUCAACGAAAUCAUCAUGAUGGUAGUGUAUCCAAACCGCCGCUCUUGGUCAUUUACUGAAAAGUCAAUAAUAGGAUUGCUUGGAAAAGAAGGAGGCGAGAAAGAACAUUUAUGGAUUUUUAAAUUUAUGAAGAUAAACUACUCAGAAUCUGACCUGAUACGGAAUCACGCAAUGGAAUUUAUUCUCUACAUUUGUCCAUUUAUGGCUUUGGUCGGAGCAGGAUGUUUCUGUGUAACUGCAAAAUACUUUGAAUAUUAUAAGCAAAAUGUAGAAGACUUUAUGAAUACACCAUUCACAGAUGUAGAACAACCCUUGGAUACGGUGGAAUCAUCUGACACAAAGUAACAUGAUAGAUGAAGUUGGAAAAAGACCUCGCUGUGAUGCUUCUGAAAUGUUCUGUGAUUAUAAUAAAAUGAAAAGUUCUGUAAUAUUGAUUAAAAUACAAUAAAUAAAAAAUAUAUUUCAUAUUGAA